UGGCCUUUUGCACGCAUCGCCGUCACAGGCGACCGUCGUGACUUGUCGGUGCUGACUACAGCCUUGUGGUGUGGGCGCGGGAACGAUAAGAGGUUGGCCGUCUCACGGACGCUCGCCCCGAUGUCUAUGCCCUCUGGAGGCAUGGCUUCCGCGCCUCCCACCGUUUCGGCGUCUCCGAGUGGUCAAGUCAACCUCGUCGGAGCUCAGGGACCUUCGGGUCAGCCUCAAGCCCGCCGCGGUGGCUCGAGUACGCUUGUACCCACCGCGUCCCCUCCAGACCCCUCGCGACGUUCCUCUACGGAGCAUCAACGUCGCACGGUGCUGACUGCACGGCCGUUGCCGAGCGAAGGUAACGGUUUUCCCAAAUCGGAAGGUUCAUGUUCUUUGUCACGAAAUAGCGGUCCCGAGCCUCCCGCGGCCGCUGGCCAUGUUGGUCGAGCGCCCGCGAAGAAGGCCGCUUUUAAUGAACAGGCCUACGUCGACGUUCUGCGCGAAAACGCCCGCGUAGACCGCUUGGUUUCGCACGUUUCUGCGGCUGGUUCACCGCUUUUGCCUGCCUCUCCUCGUCACUCACAAUCCUGCCCGCCGUCGGGUGGCGCCCAGAUUAUCCUGCCGGUUGCCAGUACCAUUUCCCUUGAUGAUAUUUCUUCGGGAAAGGUAAGCGCACCGGCGCGGCAGGCCCCUGUUAUUGAUGGUAGUCAGGAAUGUUACAACGAUGAGGUUUUCUCCUUUUGGAAACCGCCGUCCUUUUUUUCUAACUGGACGCCCUAUGCGUUCUUGGUCCAGGGUAUCCGCUAUGUGUGCGGAAGAUAGUUCAUGAUGGUGGAAUCAGCUCGCAUUUUAUCGGGAUGACUCCGCAUAUGAAAAAUCAUGGCUAACUCGGACCAAAGCCAUCGCAGUCUCUCUUGGACGGAAGGCGCGAGGUUUUUGAGCACGUUUUAUGGGAGCUCAGACGUGAGGAUGCUGUCUCUUUGCUAUUGGAUGCAAAAUUCACCCCAACUGCUGACGCGCGCGCAGUUUAAGUUUUCUUGGCUACGGGGGUCACACAGAUUGCGGAGGCUCGUUCCUUCGACACGUUAUGGCGCAUUGGUGUCGAUACCCGCGACCCGCGUGCUGCGCCGCCUUUAAGGUUAUGUGGUCAGAAUAUCUUGGGCAAAGUUCUUGCUGGGAUGCGCACGCUCUUGCGUGUGCGUCACGUCGGACCCAACAAGACUUUGCGACCGACGCACUAGGGGAUACCAUCCCCCGUGUGCACAACCAUUCAUGAAAUUAAUUGCGCCACCGAGUGAUGGAUCUUUGGCGGUGAUCCAUCAUCCUCGGACGCAUGUGGUCCGCUGGAUUUGGCUUGCGAACACACGUGCGGACCGCUCAUGCAGAUGCUACACAUGGUGCCUCCCGCUUUUCACGCCAGCGCCGCUUCACCACUGUUGCUGGUGGAAAACGGCGCUGAUGGACAUGGAAAACACCACCAUUGUUUGUGGUGGAUGAUACACAGGUGAAACGCGAAUAUUUCUUGAUUGUAACACUCCAGAAACCAAACAUCAGCUUUCCGUUCCUCCUCCUGAAAGGAUAGUGUGCCCCUCUUCUCGGAGGGAUCUGCCCCCCUGAUUUGAGAAGGGGUUGGAGUCAGAAACACAGACCAAAAUAACACAUUCAAAGUCCAUCCAGUCGAAAGCUCAAGAAAAAACAAUAUUUAUGCAAAUCCGAAAAGCUAAUACCAAAACCAAAUCAAAAUCCAUUACCAAACAGUUCCAGUCCGAAAGUCCAGACCAAAUCAAAAACCAAAACCAAAAUCCAAUACCAAAACAAAGACAACAUCAACACAAAAUCCAAUCUAAUACCAAAACAAAACAAUACUCGAAACCCCUACAUUUGCCGGCGCAUCAUCAAGCUCCAGCGCUUAAUAACCCAUUGCCCAAGCCAUUGUUUUCCCCCCCGCGGACAAUUCGCACGCCUCCGCCGCGGUCGCCUUCCGCCAUCUUUUCCGGCUGGCCGCGGCUCGAGCUUCGAUGUUUGCGUCCGCCUGACUUGGGGGAAGAACAAUUGUCGCUCCGAGAGGAUUGACUCGGCAGUGGUGCAGGGCAGGUCGCGCGUUCGGAGGGGAUGAUGGCGGCAGAUUAGUUCCGAACAAACCAGCACUACUGAGGAGAAUCACAAACAUACAAACAUUCCCCCCGGUUCUGCAAAGUAGUGACUGCAUGCAGCAGAAAAAACAAUAAAUGAAACACACGUUCAAGUCGUCGGACCCUACUUGUGGAAUGGUUUGUCUGAAAUUCAUUGCCGAUGCGAUAUCGCCACACCAUAAAUAGCUGAAUAUCAUCCUGAAACGGAGGUUGAUUAGUCCUCUGUUGCAAAAUAGUAAUCAAGCUGCUGCUACUGUUCUAACCAUAGGGUAAUCAAUCCUAAGUCAAAACCUUAACAACUUUUGGAACCGCAAUCUCACAACAAAUAGCAAUCUCAAGACAACGUACAACAAUAUUAGGAAAUCAGCAUUUAUUUCGUCAAUAUUGUGAAUUUUUAAUCUGCAACAAGGUGGAGGUACCAAUGUUGCACUUCGUUGAGACUUGACACGUCUCCGGCACUCGCUGACACAACCAAGACAUGAAAAGUUUUUGAUCAGGUUAAACCUGCUACCCAAAAAGAGUCCAGAUAAAACGUUGAUCACGCAUUUUUGAUCAGGCUAAACCUGCUGCUCAAAAAGUAGCUACCAAAGAGAGCCCAGAUAAAACGUUGAUCACGCUAUUGCCGGGGAGAGAAAGUUGGUCUCAGCACGGCUGUCAGGAUGACAAAGCAAAAACCUCGCCGAUCACUGCAUUUCAUUACGCACAAUACUAUUUCUAAUACCAUGCUACACGCACACAUCAUAUCAUCAGUUUAGAAACUGGCAUCAGUUUUUGAGGAUUACUGGUAACCUGCAUUAAUUGUGUCUACCCGUUAUGCUACAGGUAGUCGGCCUUCUUUGGCCGAGCGUUUGACGGCGGUACCGCGCGACGAUGUCGCGAUUUUGAUUGAGUCUACCGCGUUGGCGUUUGACGGCAGUACCGCACGGCGUAUUGCCGCGU